CAACACAUAUCAAUUCUUCAUACAUUCAAACUCACAACCUUUUAGUAACAUUUAACUAACUUUCAUAUUUCUUUGUUCAUUUCACCAUAAAAUCACAUAUUAACCAAUAACUAUGACUUCCAUGGUAGCUGAAUUCAUCCAAUACUUAUUUUCCCAAGUCAUUCAAAGCAUGAUUGUCUACCACCUAAUCGGUUUUUUCUUUGACCACUCCAAGAGUCAAGUCGAAAAGAAGGACAUUCAAGAACGCAAAUUACCGAAAAGAUUGCCUUCAUUUAAGAACGAAAGCGUACGAGGGUAUGAAGUAGAGAUGGUGAUGAGCAGUUUGGGUAUCUUUAGGAAUAAAAACGAAAACUUUCCAAAAAAUUUAACUUCUAAUGAUCUUUUUAACAUUUUUGAAGCAGAGCAGCCAAGGUUGCAUGAAGUGAAGGAAGCUUUCGACGUGUUUGAUGAGAAUAGAGAUGGGUUUAUUGAUGCAAGAGAGUUGCAAAAAGUUCUCUAUGCUUUGGGAUUGAAAGAGAGGGCAGGCAUGGAUGAGUGCAAGAAGAUGAUUAGAGUGUUUGAUGACAAUGAUGAUGGUAGAAUAGAUUUUAAUGAGUUUGUCAAGUUCAUGGAAGGCACUUGCUGUUGAAUUGAACUCCAUCUCUUUAUCUAUACGUACUAUAUAUAUAGUAAUUUUAUCAA